GAGCCUACAUUCAGGUAUAGCAAAAGCAUGAGCAAAAGGUACUUGUUUGUUGUUUUUAUGCUUUUUUAAAUAGAAUAUUUAUUCAUUAUAAAAGGGAAUAAACAAUAAUUAUUUAAAAAAACAAAAUGUCACUAACUAAAUUAUUUUCUAAACUAAGUCUAUCAUUGACAAUAAAUAAAUCACUUCCUCGUUUAAUACAAACAGCAGGACUUCGUGUUUACGAAAAACAACCAGUCUAUGAUGAAUUUGAAUAUCCGGAAAGAAGAAGACUUAAAAUUUAUGAGAGAGUACCACAAUAUCCAGCCUCGUUAAAACCAUUUAAAAUGCAGAAAAGAUUACGUUUAAUGCGUGGCCCAGAGCCAAUUCAUAAUUUUUUACUACAUAAACAGUAUGGAGUAAUUGCGGAAAUGGGUGGUCGAUUGAGAUUCGGUCAUUUUGAAAUGAUACGUUUUGUUGUACAUCGAAAAAUUCCCAGUAGCUGUUUUGCACUUUAUCGAAUAGAUCCACCGUGGCAGCCACUUACCAAAAAGAAUCCAGGAACAAGAAUGGGAGGUGGAAAAGGUGCAAUCCAUCAUUAUGUUACACCAGUAAAGGCAGGACGUGUCAUUAUGGAGAUUGCAGGACCGGUUGAAUUUGAGGAAGUGAAGGCGCAACUUGAUGAAAUAGCACACAAAUUACCAUUUAAAGCUAGAGCUGUAAGUCAGGAAUUAAUGGAAAAAUGGGCAAAGGUGGAAAAAGAAAAAGAAGAAAAGAAUUUGAAUCCCUAUACAUUUAAGUAUGUUGUUCAAAAUAAUUUCGUUGGUUGUAAUAAUUGGAUAUCACCUGUUGAUAGAAAAUGGUUUGGAAAGCAUCGGUAAAUAAUCCAUUCUUGUAAAUAUAUUUCAAAGUUGAAUACAAAUUUUACGUUAUAAAAA